AUGAUCCGUGCCCACUCAGAGGCGGCUCAUCCGACGCCUGUGCUUCGCUUUUCGCUUACCGAAGAUUCUCGAGCUUACUCUCAUCCUCAACCCGACACGUCUCUUGGCAAGAUGCUGCUUGGGAUGCGGCUAGCGAGUCUGGCAGCAAAGGGGAACGAAUACGCACAAACGAGCCGAGCUCAAAGGCAAGGGAGGCCACGCUCCAAGACCCUGAAUUCAAGCUUCGAGCUGGUCUCCACCUUAAUUUACUUGUCCCUCAUCGUAGCGUACCUUGUGCACUUGACUUGCCUUUCAGGACAUCUGCGAUCCGUCGACGGACUCAUUCAGAAGCGUCACACGCUAUACAGGCUCGAUAUCGGAAUCCAAGCGGGUGCUGGUGCGGUAGAGUUGAGCACGCUCAUCAUGGCGGACUCUGCUGUAGCCUGGCUUCUGGCUGCCUCCCCAAAGCAUGCCGACUACGGUCAGGCGCUCACUGUCCUUCGCAUCCUUCAGCCGGUCGCCAUCCUCCUCAUCGCUCUCGCUUCGAUUCUGCUGCGACCAUCAAAGGCGCUUCUCGCUCGUCUCUUGAAACCACGCCGCUCCGACUACGAGCAGUUGCGAGCCGAGGCGGAUCGAGAAGACCACCACCACCAGCGCCAUGACGAGCCGCCACAGCCGACGCCUGUCAUCGUACCUGUACGUUCACGCCGCCGCAUAUUGACACAGGCUGCACAGCUCAGCCUGGCUGCCACCUUUUUCGUCUCGGGCGUCCUCAUCAUCCUCCGCGCCGUGCUGCCUCCGAAGCAAUGGCAACCUGACCUUCCCCUUUGGCGCGCCGUCGACGUGCAGGCUCUCGGUGGACUGCUCGCCUGGGGCUCUGUCGUCAUCGCCGCUCUUUGGGAGGAAAAGCAGCGUGGACGAGGAAAAUAUGGACGAGGCAAGUCAGCAUGGUCUGCAAUCGUAGGUGCAACCACCGACAUCUGCCUGCUCGUGCUCUACAUGAUUCCUAAGGAGCGCCGAGACCUCCCUUCGACGAGCGCUUGGUCGAUCGCACAGCUUGGCCUCAUCAUCUUGCGCCUCUUGCUGCUCUACCCCGUCCUCAUCCUCGCCCUCUCCUGGGACCGUGUUCGCUUCGUACGCGCUGCCGACCUUGCCAAUCAAGCUGCAGCCAGUGCUUCAUCCUCAUCCCAACCUCGUUCAGCACCUUCUACAAACGGUGAAUCUGCAGCUCUGCUUCAGGCGCCUGGCACCUCUGCGACCCCAUCCUACGGCGCCACUGCCACCAACGGCUCCGCCGGCAACAACUUGCAUAAAGCGGCGGGCAACUCGGGCACGCAAACACCCAACCGCGAUCCCAAUGCCUCGAUGGGCCUCACUGUCGCAGCUGCACCACCACCGCCAACGUUCAAGGUCUUUCUCUACCGCAUCCGCUUCCUGUUCCCCUACCUCUGGCCGUCAAAGUCGCUCCGACUUCAGCUCAUCGCAGUGGCCUGUGUCGUGCUUCUGUUCGCAGCACGCGUCGUCAACUUCUUCACUCCGCUCGCGCUCGGCAAGCUCGUGGACGACCUUUCGACAGGCUCUCCUCCUUGGCUCGAUGUCGUCCUCUAUGCCGGACUCAAGAUGCUCCAGGGUCAGGGAAGUCUGCUCGCCGUGCUUCAAAACAUCCUGUGGGUCCCGGUCGAGCAGUACUCGGACCGCAUGAUGAGCAUGAUGGCUUUCGAGCAUCUGCUCAACCUCAGCAUGUCGUUCCACACCAAGAAGAAGACGGGAGAGGUGCUCAGGAUCCUCGAUCGAGGCAGCGCCAUCAACAACUUUUUCCAGUACCUCCUCUUCAGCUUGCUCCCCGUCUUUAUCGACAUCUUUGUCGCCAUGAUCUACAUGACGCGCACCUUCAGUCCCGCCAUCGGAGUGGCGCUCUUCACCGUCAUGGUCGCCUACACCUGGACCAGCGUUCAACUCACCACGUGGCGUACCGGUCUCCGCCGUGCCAUGAACAACAAGGACUCCAUCUGCAGGGCCAUUUCCGCCGAUGUGUUGAUGAACUGGGAGACGGUCAAGUGCUACAGUGCCGAGACGUACGAAGCCGAACGCUUCCGCAGCGCGCUCCAGGACUACCAGCAGGCCGAAUUCAAGGUGAUCGGCAGUCUCAACAUGCUCAACAUGGUGCAGAACCUCAUCUUGGCAUUCGGAACCCUCUUCACCAUCAUGCUCGUUGCCGGCAGUGUCGUUCGAGGCGAGACGACCAGCUCGCAAUUCGUCGUUUUUGUCACCUACCUUCAGCAGGUGUAUCAGCCCCUCUCGAUGCUCGGCACUCUGUACCGCGUCGUACAGCAGAACCUCGUCGACACGGACAAGCUCAUGACACUGCUCGAGGAAAAGACCGAGGUCAAGGAUGUGCCCGGCGCCAAGGACCUCGUCGUCACGGACGGCGUCAUCGAAUUCCAGGACGUACGCUUCUCGUACGAUGGCAAAGUGGAGGCGCUCAAAGGCCUGAGCUUCAGGAUCGACCGUCACUCGAGCGUGGCGCUGGUCGGCGAGUCGGGCGCCGGAAAGUCGUCCGUGUUGCGCCUGCUGUACCGCUUCUACGACAUCCAGUCGGGUCGCAUCCUAAUCGACGGUCAAGACAUCCGAAACGUGACGCAGCGCUCGCUUCGACGUGCCAUCGGCGUCGUGCCUCAGGAGCCUUCGCUUUUCAACAACGACAUUCGCACCAACAUUCUCUACGGCGACACCAAAGCAUCGGACGAGGCGGUAGAAGCUGCUGCGUUGGCCGCUCAGAUCCACGACCGUAUCGAGAGCUUCCCCGAAGGAUACUCGACGGUUGUCGGCGAGCGCGGUGUGCGCCUCUCGGGUGGUGAGAAGCAGCGUGUCGCCAUCGCGCGGACCAUCCUCAAGAACCCGCCCAUCUUGUUGUUGGACGAAGCAACGUCGGCGCUCGACAGCCAAACGGAGCGUCAAUUGCAGUCGGCGCUCAACAACCUCAUGCAAGGCCGAUCGAGCUUGACCAUCGCGCAUCGACUCUCGACCAUCAUCAACUGCGACAACAUCAUCGUGAUGGAUGCGGGUCGUGUGGUGGAGGUGGGUUCGCACGCCGAUCUGAUUGCUCGAGGUGGGCUGUACAGCAAGAUGUGGGAGCAGCAGAUCAAAACGCAAAAGGAGCAGGAAGCUGCGGCAGCGGCGCAAGAGGCAGCACGUGAGGAGGACAGCAAGCAGACCGCCGACUCUCAGCCAGGCAUGCUCGGGAUCGUUCCACCAGCGGUCACGGGAGAGCCUGAAAAUCCACUGAAGGACGGUACGGAAGCGGAGCUGCCUGAAUCAAGCGAACAGCCAGAGGCUUCUACAGGCCCCGGCGACGGCAGCAAUGGUCUGCUCAAAGUCGAGUCGGCUCAAAACGCGGAGAUGAGCCGAAGCGGGUCAAGUUCGCCGUCGGUGCAGGACGAAUCACCCUCAGGAUCCGAUCUCACAGGCAGCGAGACGCUGAGCAAGGACGAAAAGAAACGGCAGCAAAAUCGCAAGAAGAAUGUCAAACGUCGUGAGAAGGAGAAGAGCAAGAAGUCAAGUGGUUGA